AUGGCUACUAUUGCAGGAAUAACCGGCAAGCAGUUUGUCAAGGGAACGCAGGCAUGGGACAACAACAAAUAUCAAUACGCUUCAAGCACUCACGGAAUCGACCAUGACAUGAAUCCAGCUCUCGUCAUCCAGCCCAAGAACAAGGAAGACAUCAAGCUUACUCUCCAAUACGCGAAAGCACAAGGCAUUGCCGUCGCCAUCAGGACCGGUGGACAUCAGUACAGCGGUGCCUCGUCGACGGGAGGGCAAAACAUCCAAUUGGACCUGGGCCAAACAUUCCGAAGCCCGGAUGAUAUGGUCCUGCUGCCUCCUAAGGAACCAGAUGAUGGAAAGCGCUUUGUCUUCGCGAGCGUAUCCCAUGCCCUCCUAGAGUUCAACACGUUUCUCGGUCGCCACAAAUUGUUCGUGCCUACCGGACAAUGUGCACACGUACACCUCGGGGGACACGUCCAAACAGGUGGCUACGGCCAGCUGGGUCGGAGCUUUGGCCUCUUCGGUGACCAUAUCCGCACAAUCUAUAUGAUCAACGCAGAUGGCAUCGAGCUGGAGGUCACCAAGGAAUCUGACCCCGAUCUCUUCUUUGGUGUUCUUGGCGGCAGCCCGGGCAACAUGGGCGUCAUCACACACGUUCUAAUUGAACCCCACCGCGACGAGGACUAUACUGGCUCUCUGGGACUCAAAGCAAUUCACCUUUACGACCGCCACACUGUCAAACGUCUGCUCGGUCACCUUGCCGAGAUGUCCGACAACGUUGACUUCCCGAGAAACUACGACUUGUGCAUCUCAGUGCUGAGCUCGAGUUUCCCAUUGAGAGGACUCUGGCCAGGACUCGAUGAAAAUAUCAAAACUGAACACCCGGACAUCUUUGGCACCAACCAGAUGCCGGGUUGGCCGCGAAGUAUCAUCGUCUAUGCGCAGUGGGUUCCCUUUUCCAAGGACGACAAACCCGAUAUGGCUUGGUUCGACCUGUUCCGAAAAGGGGCUCUACACAUCUUCGGCGACGACGAUGUCGAGAGGAAACCCAUGAGUCGCCUCACCCCGAUGUGGCUUUUCACCAAUGUGCGCGAGUACGCAUUGCCAUAUGUCAAACGGACUUACCUGACGAACAGCACCACCCUGGUCCAAGACGGUUGGCCAGAGUGGGUCACAGGGAGAAUCAAUGAGUUGGUGGAGCCGAUUGAUAACAAAUGCUGGCUGUCGUGUCAAAUUCAAGCCUUUGGAGGGCGAAACAGCAUGUUUGCGAGAAAUGCUGACAAUGGAACCUCGUACUCUUGGAGAGAUUCGACCGUGUGUGCGACCAUUGAUGCCUUCCAUUGGAGUGAAGCCAAAGAAACCGCAGAGGAGUGGCAGAAAGUCAACGACCAGGUGGGCGUGGGACCCGGUGGUAUUUUCUCUAAGCAGGACCGUAGAGUGCUCUGGGGAAGUUAUGGUGAAUACGACUUAGACUCUGUCUGGCAGACGUACUAUGACAAUCGCGAGAAAUAUGAGAAGUUGAUGGCCAUUCGGAAGAAAGCUGACCCAUAUGGCACAUUUACCGCCAAUCCUUUUGCUGUCAAAAGAGCUGAGGAGGUAUCCAAGAUGGAGAAGAAGGACGAAGAAACGCAUGAGACCAAUGGAAAGGUUGCCAUCUUGGUCGAAGAGCAUGGAACAAAUGGCACGAAUGGAAAAGAUGCUACAGACUUAGCGUAG